UGCCAUCAUCCCCUUUGUACCUGAUUCUCGGGAUAAUACCUAAUCGCAACGGUGCUUGGAAAUCCUUCGCUUCGUCCGAUAGUUGCACGUGAAACCCCUCGUCAGACAAAGAGCAGCUUUAUCUUUGUCCGAUUACUACAAUGUCAACAGUUACCGCACCGGCCAUCCCUCCUGUGGCCCUGGAUACAAUCACUCAGCACAUCGGAAAUACCCCAUUAGUCAGGCUAAACAAGCUUCCGCGCAGCCUGGGGAUCGAUGCCACCGUUUACGCUAAACUGGAAUACUUCAAUGCCGGGGGGAGCGUGAAGGACCGGAUCGCUUUACGCAUGAUUGAGGAAGCCGAGCGAUCUGGGCGGAUCAAGCCCGGAGACACUCUUAUCGAACCUACCAGUGGUAAUACCGGCAUCGGUCUCGCUCUGGUUGCCGCCGUCAAAGGCUAUAAGACUAUAAUCACUCUUCCAGAGAAGAUGUCUGCCGAGAAGGUGUCGGUUUUGCGGGCUUUGAACGCAACCAUCAUUCGAACGCCCAAUGAAGCAGCAUUCGAUUCCCCAGAAUCCCACAUCGGGGUCGCCAAGCGGCUUGAGAAAGAACUUCCAAACGCGCAUAUCUUGGAUCAGUACGCCAACGAAAACAACCCACUUGCUCACGAGUUCGGAACCGCGGAAGAGAUCUGGAUCCAAACUGAAGGGCGAGUAAAAGCUAUAAUUGCCGGCGCGGGCACUGGUGGCACAAUCACUGGGCUAGCUCGCGGUCUUAAGAAGCACAACCCCAAUGUUCAAGUCAUUGCAGCAGAUCCUCAAGGGUCGAUUCUAGCUUGUCCCGCCGCAUUGAAUGAAGAGUAUGCCAACGAGCCUUACAAGGUCGAGGGCAUUGGAUAUGAUUUCAUCCCUCAGGUCUUGGACCGACAGGCAGUCGACAAAUGGUACAAAACCGCCGACAGGGAAUCAUUCCAAUAUGCUCGGCGAUUGAUCGCCGAAGAAGGUCUUCUCGUUGGUGGGAGUAGUGGAAGUGCCAUUUCAGCGUUGGCGCAAGCUGCGAAAGACCAAAGUUUCAACAAAGAUGAUGUCAUUGUCGUGAUUCUACCUGACAGCAUCAGAAGUUAUCUUACUAAGUUUGCUGAUGAUGACUGGCUUGCUGCAAAUGGACUUCUCUCAUCGACACCUACUGAAGUUGCCCCAUUUUCCUCAACAUUACAGCCGCAGGGCCAGCACGAUGACUUCGAUAACUCUGAAGUCAAGAGCCUGAGAUUGAAACCGAUAACAACAGUUCGAUCUGAUAUUCCUUGUGAGACUGCCAUUGAGAUGAUGCGAGAUAAGGGAUUCGAUCAGCUCCCGGUAUUGUCAGCGUCUGGGAAGAAGCUUGUUGGGCUUGUCACACUCGGAAAUAUUCUCAGCCGACUGACUCACGGACGUGCUAAUGGAAGAAGCCCUGUUGGGGGUGUUAUGUUUAAUUUCGGCAAAAUUCCCGAAAUUGUUACUGAUCCUAGAGACAUGGGGCUGGCCAUUUCUGGGCGCGGGGACGCGAACCCCCAUAUCAGGAAUCGGAAGUUUGUUGAAAUCACCAUGGAUACAUCUCUGAGUACCCUGAAUCGUUUCCUUGAAUGGAAUAGCGCAGCAGUCGUCACAGAAAGGGAUGAGCUUGGGGCAAUGAAGCCGGUUGCGGUUGCGACGAAGGUCGACCUACUUACCUGGAUGCUCCGCAAUAGCAAGAAUGGCGCACCGGAUAAUUAAUAGCACGAUCAUUCGCAUUGAAUGCAUUCCAUAUCUUUUUUCAUUUGAUCCAAUUUGGUUCCUUUUGGUCAGUCUUUGUUGGCCGUCCC